AUUUCAAUAGAUAAAAUGUCUCAUUCAAGAAAAACUCCAUUACUAAGCAUUCCGAUUGAGUUUGAACCUCCUGUAGAGGAUAUACGUGUAGUUGUUGGAAUAGAUUUUGGUACAACAUUUUCGGGUUUUUCUUAUGCUUUCGUUAAACCUGAAAAUAGGAAAGUAGAUAUUGUAGUAAAUGAUAAUUGGCCUGGAAUCAAAGGUCCUGCGAAAAUUAAUACUGUAUUACAAUACGACGAUGACUAUGAAGAUGUUAUCACAUGGGGAGCUAAUGCGUUAGCCAUUGAGCCUUCCAGAAGAGACAAAAAUAAUAAACAACCACCAAAACCGAUCGAAUUGUUUAAAUUUCAUUUAGGAGACGUACCAGAAGAAGAGAAACCCACAUUACCGGAUGGAAUGACUCCUGAGAAAGCGAUAACCGACUACCUUCGUGAAAUGGAAAUUAAACGUUGUUGGCCUGAUAUUGAUUUUUAUCGUCACGUACGGAUAGUUGUCACUGUACCCGCCGGAUUCACUGAGGAGGCUAAAACAACUAUGAGACGAUGUUUAUAUGGCGCCGAUUUAAUUAAGAGGAUUGGUACAUUAUGUCUCCAAUUUACCACUGAACCGGAAGCCGCAGCGAUUUAUUGUAUGAGUACAUUAGAAGAACAUGGAUUAACAACUGGAGCAAAAUAUUUGAUUGUCGAUUGUGGAGGGGGAACAGUAGAUUUAACCGUUAGAAAGUUAUUAUCAGAAAGCCGAUUAAGAGAGAUGACAAUGAGUACAUGUGGAUAUCACGGUGGAUCCUACGUAGAUAAAAAUUUUCUAGAAUUUUUUGAGAGUAAAGUAGGUAAAUCUGCUAUGGACAUGUUAAAGAAAAACCACUACAGUCAGGUCAAUUAUUUGGUGCAACAAUUUUGCUUUCAAGUUAAAAUACCAUUCACUGGAGAUAAAGCCGAAUUCAAAACUUACGAAUUAGAUAUUGAUAGAAAAUGCCCGGCUGUCAAGAAAUACGUCGACGGAACGCAAAGAGAUGAAUUAGUUGUAAAUGAUUGGAUUAUUGAUCUUGAUUUUGAAACUGUAAAAUCGUUUUUUGAUAAGGUGAUCGAGUCGAUCUUGACUUUAAUUGAGCAACAGUUGAAAAAAUGUACGAGUUGUUCAGUAAUGUUUUUGGUUGGAGGAUUUAGUGAGUCUAAAUAUUUUCAAUCCAGAGUUAAACAAAAUUUCGAAAACCAAAUUAAAAUAGCAGUCCCACCUCGUCCAGUUAUUGCAGUUGUAAAUGGUGCAUGCGAAUAUGGGCUUAAUAUGAAGUCCAUAAGCACGAGAGUAUUAAAAUGGACAUAUGGAGUCGAAAUUGCACCUAAAUGGCAAGCCAGUGAUCCACCUGAUCGUAAAAUGUCGAAUGGUCGAAUCAAAAAAUUUAGUUUAAUAGUUAAGAAAGGGACAGAAGUGAAUGCAACCGAUGAAUAUUCGCAGAGUUUUAGUCCACCAGAACCAGAUGCUACUACACUAAAAUUCACCAUCUAUUAUACUUCCAAAGAUGAUGCAACAUAUUGUGAUGAACCUGAAAUGAAUUCAUUGGGUAGUUUCAAUAUUGAACUGCCUGAUCCUCACUUAGGAAUGAAUCGCCCUGUUUUAUUGACACUAUGUUUCGGUUCUAUGGAAAUUGUUGCAACAGCAAAAAAUCAAACGACUGACGAAGAUUAUCGUACGACGUUUUCUAGUGCGGAAAUUUAGAUAAUUUAUCAAUAUCAACUAUGUUAUAUAUAGCGAAUAAAAAUGUUAUUUAUAAAUAUAAUAAUAACAAUGUAUAAUUAAAUUAUUUUUUUAAAAAAAAGAACUUCAUCUUCAGUUCACGCACGUUAGUAUAAUAAAUUUACGAUUUCAUUUUUCUGA